GCCGGGGGCCGCCGGGCCGCCAGUCGCCGGCCAGCCCUGUGCCUCUGUAUAGCAGUGGUCAGCUGCUAGACUGCGCGCGCCGCCCGUACCACAGCGCCGAGCCGGGCCGGGUCGACACACAGCGCAUCCCGCCCACCAGCCGCCGCCAUGUUAGGGGUGUUCGGAACGCUUAAGAGCUUCUGCAAGAUCCGGGACGUGUCCAACGACUGUCCCGUGUUCCGGCUGCACUAUCAGUUCACCACCGGCCUGCUGGCGCUCUUCAUCCUGAUCCUGACGGCCACCCAGUUCAUCGGCAACCCCAUCGACUGCAUCAACGAUGGCGACAUCAGCACCCACAUCAUCAACUCGUACUGCUGGAUCAUGUCCACGUUCACAAUGCCGGAUGCCUUCUACAGGCAAGUGGGUGAGGAGGUGGCCCAUCCCGGCGUGGGAAACGUCGGCUCGGCCUGGAACGAUGACGAGGCUACCAAAUACUACACGUACUACCAGUGGGUCGUGUUCGUGCUCGCCUUCAUGGCCAUCCUCUGCUACGCGCCCAAGUUCAUCUGGGACGCCAUGGAGAACAACAUCAUGGGCACCGUCGUGAUGGGCCUCAACUGGGGCCUCAAGACCGAGGACGAGAUCACUAAGAAGAAGCAGACGCUGGUAGACUACAUGCUUCGUCAUAUUAGGUCUCACGACAUGUACGUGUACCGCUACUUCUUCUGCGAGCUGCUCUGCCUGGUGAACGUCAUCGGCCAGAUGUACCUGAUGGACGCCUUCUUCGACGGCGAGUUCUUCACGUACGGCUCGCGUCUGCUCAACUUCUCCGAGAUGCCGCAGGAAGAGCGUGUCGACCCCAUGGUGUACGUUUUCCCGCGGCUGACCAAGUGCGUGUUCCACAAGUUCGGUCCUUCGGGAACGGUCACCCGCCACGACUCGCUGUGCGUGCUGGCGCUCAACAUUGUCAACGAGAAGGCCUUCAUCUUCGUCUGGUUCUGGUACAUCAUCCUGGCCACCAUGCUGUCGGUGGUGCUGCUCCUGCGUGCCAUCAUGAUCUUCGUGCCGGCCGUGCGCCCCAGCCUGAUCCACAUGAAGAACCGCAUGGUGCCCAAGGAUGCCAUCGAGGUGAUCUGCAAGAAGAGCUCUCUGGGCGACUGGUGGCUGCUCUACAUGCUCUGCUUCAACCUGGAUCCGUUCGUCUACAAGGAUGUCAUCGCUGAGCUGAGCAAGAAGAUCGAGACGGCCGAGAGCAACGUGCCUCAGAGCAAGUCGUCCAUGGUCUGAGCGGUCGGUCCUUCAGGCCGGUCCGUGCGGCCGGCCGGCGGCUCCGCUAGUGGACAUGGCCUCGCCUUUGGUGCUGACAAAGGGGCGGCCAUGUUCCGUGAAGGGACGCGUCGUGAGCGCUGUUAUGUAGACAUGGAGAUUACUACAGCUAUGUGGUUUGUCCGUCAGAUGUCGGGCAGUUUGUCCGGGCUGCGGUGGCGGAGGACUGGUGACCGGUCCAGUAACGGCACCGUCCCCGCGCCCCGAGCACCAACACCAACCAGCCGAGCAUUCCGGCUCAGCCGGUGCAGUUGGGCGGUUUGCAUGGUCUGAAUGUGCGAUGGUCGAAACUUUUAUGCUGCCUUCUGGGGACCAAUAAUAUGAAGCAACUAGUGGCUCAAGAUUAGGAUUCCUUUGUAUGAUUUUUACGACGUUUUUACAACCGAGCUUGCGCGGUGCGGGGAGUGGUUUGUCCGCCGGCGCUGCCCGCCGUUUGCAUGUAUGACCGUGGUCGCCGGAGGCCGGCAUCCAGCCGGGCGAGGCGUGGUGCAGCGCCGCAGGGCUGCUUUAUAUCUACAUCACUGGCACCCACAUGGCGAAAGGAUCUCACGCAGACUGUUCGAUCCGGGCUCAGCAGAUGACAGAAGGCGCCUGCGUUGUGUACAUCGCUCGCCAAUCAACUAGUGUGUGGCGGUCGCUCGACUCUGUUCCGCCAAUUUCUAAAUUCUCAGCAUCGCUCGGCGGGCUGAAUGUUGAAUGUGCGCCGGACCGAAUGAGUCGGGUGGCCUGUAUUUUUGUACUGAUUCGUCGUAUGCUCUACCAGGUAAAUACGUAGAUAAUAAAGGCUGCUGUGAUUA